AUGGGCAGUGUAUUUCUACCGCACUUACACAGUGGAUGGCACGUCGAUCAGGCUAUUGUUACAGAGCAAGAGCGUCUUGUCGUCGUGCGUUUCGGCCGUGACUGGGACAAGGACUGCAUGCUCAUGGACGAAGUCCUCUACUCGAUUGCGGAAAAGGUCAGAAGGUUUGCUGUCAUCUAUUUGUGCGACAUUGACGAGGUGCCCGACUUCAACGAUAUGUACGAGCUUUACGACCCGAUGACCGUGAUGUUCUUCUAUCGAAAUAAACAUAUGAUGUGUGACUUCGGCACUGGUAAUAACAACAAGAUGAAUUUUGUGGUAGAAGAUAAGCAAGAGAUGAUAGACAUUCUGGAGACCAUAUUCCGCGGAGCCAGAAAGAACAAGGGGUUGGUUGUGUCGCCGUAUGACUACAACAGCAAGCGCGUGUGA